UGCGCCGAGCGCUAGAGAGACGCGGCGGCGCUGGCGGAGGCGGCGGCGGGUGGGGACCGCGGGGACCGCGGAGCUGAGACAGGGGCCGGGCCGGGGCUACAGGCAUCGCGGCCCGGGGACACCAGGGCGGUGCGUGUCUGCACUCAGCUACCUCGCGCGGCGUCCGGGCUGCGGUGCUCCUGGGGCGGGAAGAGGAGGCGGUAGACGCGGCCGGUGAAGAUGUCGGGCCAAACGCUCACGGAUCGGAUCGCCGCCGCUCAGUACAGCGUGACUGGCUCUGCUGUAGCAAGAGCAGUCUGCAAAGCCACCACUCAUGAGGUGAUGGGCCCCAAGAAGAAGCACCUGGACUAUUUGAUCCAGGCUACCAAUGAGACCAAUGUCAAUAUCCCUCAGAUGGCCGACACCCUCUUUGAGCGGGCGACAAACAGUAGCUGGGUGGUGGUAUUUAAAGCUUUAGUGACCACACACCAUCUCAUGGUGCAUGGAAAUGAGAGAUUUAUUCAGUAUUUGGCCUCUAGGAAUACGCUAUUCAAUCUCAGCAACUUUCUAGAUAAAAGUGGAUCCCACGGUUAUGAUAUGUCUACGUUCAUACGGCGUUACAGUAGAUACUUGAAUGAAAAGGCUUUCUCCUACAGACAGAUGGCAUUUGACUUUGCCAGAGUGAAGAAAGGGGCUGACGGUGUCAUGAGGACGAUGGUUCCUGAAAAGCUCCUGAAGAGUAUGCCAAUCCUGCAGGGGCAGAUCGAUGCACUGCUGGAGUUUGAUGUGCAUCCAAAUGAACUAACCAAUGGUGUCAUAAAUGCUGCAUUUAUGCUUCUUUUCAAAGAUCUUAUCAAACUGUUUGCUUGCUACAAUGACGGCGUCAUUAACUUACUUGAAAAAUUUUUCGAGAUGAAGAAAGGUCAAUGCAAAGACGCGCUAGAAAUUUACAAGCGAUUUCUAACUAGAAUGACGAGGGUGUCUGAAUUCCUCAAGGUCGCCGAGUACUUGACUCAUGCUGGUACAAGAAAUGAUGACAUCACUAUACCUCUGGUGGGACGGCCAGUGGGUCCUUAUCUUACAUGUGGACUGACUGAGUGCUAGAGCCGGGGUACAGUGUGACAGGCUCCAGACUCAGUAGCAAAGCCGAUGAUACUGUAGCAAGUUGGUAUUGAUAAAGGUGACAUUCCCGACCUCACACAGGCUCCCAGCAGUCUUAUGGAGACCCUUGAACAACAUCUAAAUACCCUAGAAGGAAAGAAACCUGGAAACAAUGAAGGAUCUGGUGCUCCCUCUCCACUAAGUAAGUCUUCUCCAGCCACAACUGUUACAUCUCCUAAUUCUACACCAGCUAAAACUAUCGACACAUCCCCGCCAGUUGACAUAUUUGCAACAGCAUCCGCGGCUGCCCCAGUCAGCUCUGCUAAGCCAUCAAGCGAUCUCCUUGAUCUUCAGCCCGACUUCUCUGGAGCAGCUGCGGGGGCAGCAGCACCUGUAGUGCCUCCUUCUGGGGGUGCGACCGCCUGGGGAGACCUUUUGGGAGAGGAUUCCUUGGCUGCACUUUCCUCUGUUCCCUGUGAAGCACCGAUUUCAGACCCAUUUGCACCAGAGCCUUCCCCUCCUACUACAACCACUGAGCCUGCUUCAGCCUCUGCCUCGACCACCACAGCUGUGACGGCUGUCACUACGGAAGUGGAUCUCUUUGGAGAUGCCUUUGCAGCUUCUCCUGGGGAGGCCCCUGCAGCAUCCGAAGGGGCUACCGCACCAGCUACCCCGGCCCCAGUGGCUGCAGCUCUUGAUGCAUGCUCAGGAAAUGACCCUUUUGCCCCAUCUGAAGGUAGCGCAGAGGCUGCACCUGAGCUGGACCUCUUUGCAAUGAAGCCACCUGAGACCAGCGCUCCUGUAGUUACCCCUACAGCUAGCACAGCCCCUCCAGUUCCCGCAACUGCUCCUUCUCCUGCUCCCACGGCUGUGGCAGCCACUGCUGCCACCACCACCGCCGCCGCUGCAGCUACCACCACUGCCACCACCUCUGCUGCUGCUGCCACCACCGCCGCUGCUCCUCCUGCUCUAGAUAUCUUUGGUGAUUUGUUUGAUUCUGCUCCUGAAGUUGCUGCAGCACCUAAGCCAGACGCGGCUCCUAGCAUAGACCUGUUUGGCACAGAUGCUUUCUCCUCCCCGCCACGAGGGGCCUCUCCGGUGCCUGAGAGUUCUCUCACUGCUGACCUCUUAUCUGUGGACGCAUUUGCAGCGCCGUCUCCUGCAUCCACUGCCUCUCCUGCAAAGGCGGAGUCCUCGGGUGUCAUAGACCUUUUUGGGGAUGCGUUUGGAAGUGGUGCUUCUGAAACCCAGCCAGCACCACAGGCUGUUUCUAGUUCAUCAGCAUCGGCAGAUCUACUAGCUGGAUUUGGGGGUUCUUUCAUGGCCCCUUCUACAACGCCAGUGACUCCAGCUCAGAAUAACCUGCUGCAACCCAGUUUCGAGGCAGCUUUUGGAACGACGCCUUCGACUUCAAGCAGCAGCUCUUUUGACCCAUCAGUGUUUGAUGGUUUAGGCGAUCUUCUGAUGCCAACCAUGGCACCAUCCGGGCAGCCUGCCCCUGUCUCAAUGGUCCCACCCAGUCCUGCAAUGGCAGCCAGCAAAGGCCUCGGAAGUGACCUUGACUCGUCUCUGGCCAGUUUAGUAGGCAAUCUUGGGAUUUCUGGUACCACAUCAAAAAAGGGAGAUCUCCAGUGGAAUGCUGGGGAGAAAAAGCUGACUGGUGGAGCCAACUGGCAACCGAAAGUCACUCCAGCCACAUGGUCAGCGGGUGUUCCCCCGCAAGGCACUGUUCCACCAACCAGCUCAGUCCCUCCGGGUGCCGGGGCCCCGUCCGUUGGGCAACCUGGAGCAGGAUUUGGAAUGCCUCCUUCAGGGACAGGCAUGACCAUGAUGUCUCAGCAGCCAGUCAUGUUUGCACAGCCCAUGAUGAGGCCACCCUUUGGAGCUGCAGCUGUGCCCGGCACACAGCUUUCUCCAAGCCCUACACCUGCCACUCAGAGUCCCAAGAAACCUCCAGCCAAGGACCCGUUAGCGGAUCUUAACAUCAAGGAUUUCUUGUAAACAAUUUAAGCUGCAAUUUUUGUGACUGAAUAGGAAAAAACUAACCUGAGUUUGGAAACUUCAGAUAAGAUUGAUGCUCAGUUUCAAAGUGAGCCACCAGUACCAAACCCAGUGCUGACGCGUAACUUCCUCUCCCAAGCACACAGCCCAGCUGUGGCAGUGAACAUUAGGAAUGUGUACUCUUUAGCUGUUACCCUGCUCUUCCAGCUCGUAGCGUAUUCGGGUUCUUUGUGUGUUGUACGAAGUAAACCAUGAGUGAAUGAAUGGUUCCAAUGCCUUUAGUGCUUUUCUGGACGUUGCCCGUGGACGGAGGAUGACGCAGCUGUUCUGUGGUGAGCCAUUUGGAAAGAUGUGUCUGUGUUUUCGAAAGGUUUCGAUGUAUAUAUAACUUUUGGACAAACUCAAGUCCUCCCAUGAACUUUCUCUUCUCUUCUGUACCUCUGUUACAAGCGUAAUGUGAUACUAUCAGCUAGUGAGACAAACACUCUUAACUAUACAAAAACUUUUUCGGUGUGGAGUACAUUUUUCCAAUCACAGAAACUUCCAACUUGUUGUGAGAAAUGUUUAUUUUUGUGCACUGUAUAUGUUAAGAAAUUUUAUUUUAAAAAAAAAUGAAGUCUAAUGUCCAUAAUAAAACUUCUCCUUGAUGAAGCUACCUUAUCAAGAAUGAGAAAAACCAUAUGAGAAGUCCAUAUUUAUCACUGCUAUAUUAAGAUAUAUAUUUUAAUUAUAUUUGCAGGGUUUGCAUCUAAAUUGACCUAUUUAUUCAUUUGUGAUCAAAGGCACCGAAAAGUGGAGCUUGUUUCUAUUGUGUCUGUGACAAUGCAGUUAGAGAUGUGCUGUUUCUGUGACUACGAACGUGCCCCAAGAGACAUCUGUAACUUAAAGAGAACUGCAAAUAUUUUUUAUUUCAGUGUGGGUUUACGUACAUCUGUUCAGUUAGUAUUUCUUUGUGUGUUCUAUAGAGUAGUGUUUCUCCAUCCUUCAAUUGAGCUCAAAGUGACUUCUAUUGUACCUUUGUGAUAGGAUUGAAACCAAUUCAGCGAAUUGUAUCUUUUAAUGUACAUAAUGUAUUCUUUGAUUUUCAGUUUGUUGUCAUACUGUCUGUGCCGAUGGCUUGGCUGAAGAUUUUGAUGCGUACACAAGGUCACUGUUGAUCAGUGUUGUUUAGUGGCUUGGCAGCUCUUUGUAAAAGCAUAUUGGGUUGGAAAGGCAUUUGCCUAUUUUUCAAAUUAUUUAAUAGAUGUAUGGUACCCUUUAAAGUGGUUGUAUCUGAAUUUACUGUGGGGAUAACAUACACUGUAAUGGGGGAAAAUUACCUAAAACCAAUUUCAAAAUGGCUUUUCUUUGUAUUUUGGUUUAAAAACCCAGUGCAUGUCUGCCCUCUGAGAUGCAAUAAACACCUUGAACCAAGAAAAUG